AUGGUUUUGACACGUGAACAAAGAGAGGAAAUCAAAUCGUUGUUUGACGUGGUAAUAAAACAAAUAUGGAAUGAUGAGGGUUUUAUAAAAAACAUCGUAAGUAAUGUAUCGCAUCAAAUAAGCGAGGCAAUUACACAAAAAAUGGAUGAACACGAAAAACAAUUAACAGCUGUUAUUAUGGAAACAAACCAAAUUAAAAGCGAAUUAAAGGAUUUUAAGGUGGAAUACAAUAAGCGAAAUAAUCUAAUAAAUAAUGAAUAUGUAUCAAUGGACAAAUUUGACAACUUAGAACAGGAAAUCAGAAAAAAUAAUAUACGAAUUUUUAAUAUGCCGGAAAAUCAAAAUGAAAAUAUAAAAAUAGAUGUUAUCAAUCUUAUUAAUACUAAACUAAAUAUUAAACUUACAAAUGAAAUAGAAAUGUGCUACCGAAUAGGAAUAAUAAAUAGGAAUAAACCAAGAGGAAUUUUUAAGUUUCAAGAUUGCAAAACCAAGGAGAAGAUUUUUAAAAAUAAAAAAUAUUUAAAAGGAAGUGGAAUUGUAAUAAAAGAAGAUUUAACAAGAACAAGAAAUACCCUUGUUGAAGAGGCGGUCAAAAAACUUGAAUUAAAAAAUGUUUGGACUGAAUGGGGUAAAGUUUAUGUAAAAAUAAAUGAUAACUGGCAUAAAGGUACGGUUCCUUUGAAACGGCCGACGCAUGCGGCUGACGCUCUGCGUCUGACGCAAGUCCCUGCCACAAUGAAAAUUAAAUGUAAUGGGUUCCUUUCGUGCGUCUGCCGCUAUGCGUUUCGAGCGUCUGACGCAGAGCAGGACCAGUGGUUGCGUCAGUACCUCUUCGAAAGCAGUCUAGACGCAGCCGCAGCAAAAGGUCCAGCGUUUUGUACUUUAAGCAUUUCAAACAUUGAACAAAGAGAAAGUCAACAUGAAGAGGAAACUGCUGCUUCUGAAAAUUUUGAAAUGAUUGAAGAAACCCAAGAUUCACAUCAGAUGUUGGAUGAUACAGAAGUCACCUCUUAA